AUGAAUGAAAAUUCUACAACUGACCAUGGCAAUAAUGGUGAGGCCUUGGAACCAACAAAUAACCUAACCGCUAUUGAAAAUGUGGAAGAAAGUGAUAAUAAAAUUGCAAACCUCAAAGUAGAUAAGAAAAUAUUAGACCCAACAAAGAGGAUGAGAAAGAAAAGAAAAUUGUACAGUUGUGAGACUUGCAGGAAAUUUAAAACUAGAUGUGAUUUUGAACCAGUUGUAGGGAAGUGCCAUAGAUGUAACGUCCUAAAAAUUGACUGCUCUUUGACAAAGGAACGUGAAGAAGAAAUACUCUCCGCUAUCGAAGCACAUCCAUUUGAAACAGAUGAGAAUAUCGACGUGGAAAGAUCAGAUACUACAUAUGACAUGGAUAGCGCAAAAAUAUUACAUUCUGGAUCAAUAAGUGCUAAUCAUCCAUUAACGACGAGGCUUAACGAACGUCUAACUACCCUUGAACAUAAAUUCGAUUCAUUGAAUAAUAAGAUAGAUCUGCUUUUAAUGUUAGCUCAGGGGUCAUCAUCUGCGAAAUCAUCUGCAGAGGAUGUUAUUAAUAAUUCCCAUAUUAUUCACGAUGAUCUAAAUGAUAAACCGAGUAGGUUAAGGAAUAAUUUAUUAAAGAAAAUUGAAACUGAUGAAGACCAUGUAGAUAUAAUAAAUAUCCAAAGUAAUACUGGGAGUACAGAAUUUUACAAAUUAAAGGAGACACCGCUGAAAAUAAUAAAUGAUAUUGAUGAAAGAUUAUUCCCUUUAACUGCAACAUCCAAAAAGGAAGCCUUAGAUAGAGAACAACGACCCUCUGCAGUUGCGAGGGUGAACUUUCUGCAAUUCUAUGAAAAGAAUAGCGCUUUAUGCCUAGAACUAUGUAAAGAAUUCUUGGUCAGAUCCCAUUUUUGGAUUAUUCCUGGGGGUAUGAAAGAGUUGAAUGAUGAUUUUGUUAGAAAUCACCUCUUUAUUACAAGUGUCUAUACGAUUAUAGCCAUGAGUUCAUCUGACAAUGAGAAAUAUGAUGAAUUACAAGAAACGCUCUACCCAUUAGUGGAGAGAUUAUUAACCAAUACCUUAACAAUGUUUGAUAAACUGAUUGUUCACGAUAUCGAAGCAAUACUUUAUUGUUGUAUGUUCCACAUUUCGAGAAAGGCCAAAAGACAUAGACAACUGAAAUUUAAUUCAAUGGUUUUAGCCAAUUUUGCAUUGUUUAGUCUAAUGAAUAAUAUUGAUUUCUAUAAACUGAAGGAAAGAGUCUUAACCCAAGAAAAGUAUGAAGAUACAGAUUUAUAUCACCUAAGGGUACUAAAUUCUUUGACAGCAUGUCAUCUCCAGUAUUCUAUUGCCCAUGGGUCCAUGUCCCCUCAGGAUAAAAUGUUAAAGGAGUUCAAUAAUUUAAUUGCCAAAUUUCCUCAAUCUAACUUUGGAGAUGAUAUAAAAUUGAGCGAAAUAAAUCUUGGCGAUAUUGUUACAUCUAUAUUUACAGAUUUUGGAAAAUUCUUUGAAGAUUUCUUGAUACGAUUUUCAAAGGAACAUCAUAAUACCAAGGAGAGGCAAUUUCUUGUAUUUCCAGAAUUGGAGUACUGGUUGAAGAAUUGGGAGGAGCUGUUAGCAAAAGAUGGAGGCGGUGUGCUUUUAUUCACAUAUGAUUUUUAUCAUACAAUGAUAUGCAGAUCCUUUUUGACAGAAUUCUUAGACCAAGUGAAAACAUCACCUUUUUUAUUAGAAAGUAUUACAUAUACCAUGCGUAAGCAUAUCUUCUCAUUAUUGAAAGGAUUUUUAAGAUUACCAUCAUCUUUAAUUAAAGGUGCUCCAAUAUUGACAACAAAUGAGAUGGUAUAUGCAUGUAUGACGUUGAGUGACUACCUGCAUUGGUUUGAACCUAACGAAAAACAAGAAAUAUUAAGCAUCUGUACCCGAGUAUACUGGCAUUUAAAUACCAUUGGGGAAAAGUUAAAUGAAGUAACGGAAAAUGUGGGUAAGAUUAUUAAAUUUAUUAUAACAACUGCUAAAAGCAGAGUUAAUAUGGGUCCAUUUACUCCAUCGUUUAUAGAUAUUUCUACUUUGAAACCUGAAGUACAAGAAGAGACUCAAGAUCAACGAUCAAUUUCUACCGUUAUAGAGAAAAUUGAAAACAAUUUGACUGAGCAGAAGGAUACUCCUACACUACAUAAAAAUACACCAUCCGAUGCCAGGCACGUCACAAAGGAUGAAACAUCACCGUCAAGUACCAAAAAUGACAGCACUACAUCAGCAAGCAAACCGGGUGCUCAAUUUUCUAUGCCAGAUGUCGACAGAUUCAACUCCUUCGAGGAUUUCUUCCAAGAUUUCUUUACCCAUUUGAAACCAGCAACUCAAAAGAUGUUUCCUUCUUCCAAAUAG